AUCAUUUCUGGGGAGAGAAAAUGGAAGGAAACUGGACAGUGAAAAUCAUCGGGCUUGGAAGUUAUUCGUAUGAGUUAUGUUCUAUUGAUAAAACAGAAUUGCAGUUUUUUGGAACUAACGAGUAUGUUGUGGUCAAAGAGAAUUCGCCAACACAUCCAGAUAUAACCACACAAGAACAACGUCCGUCCGAUGACCAUCACAGCAAUGUAGUCGUAAUUGUAGUCAUUGUCAUCGCUGUCGUUAUUGUGAUAGUUGUUGUCAGUAUGAUCGUUUACUAUUGUUGCUUUCGUAACCGAUGCCGUCAAAGCAAUCAAGCAGAAAGGAGAGAAGAGUUUAGCAGUUUAACAAGUGUAGGCCCCCAGUAAACUCGAGUUCCAGUGAACUCUUGUUUCACAUGCGGUUA